CCUAAGAUAGUCAAUUUAUAACCAUAGGAAGCUUGCCACCUUGGUAAUGCUAACGCACCAGAGAAACUAGGAACAUGCCAACAAAAAUGGACAUCAACAAUAGGGCAAGCUUGAGACCUCUGGGAUAGACAAUGUCUUCUACGUUGGACUUGCCAUCCUCCCGACUAGUCGGAGGUUGCUUCUCGCCGUUUAGUGAAGAUUGAGCCAUGAUAGACACGGAACAGUUUGAACAUGAUAGAGAAAUUAUUGGGGUUCAGGUGGGUGAGUAUUUAAAGAGCAUGAGAAUGCUGCUUCGCUAUGCCGAUACCGAUUCGCUUCUCGGAGCACAAAAGUUGCAUUUUCAACUUCCGAGCCCCGAGAAAGUCAACCUCUCUAUCACUACACACCCUUUGGAUAUUUCCCACGCAUUAAUCGUGACUUGAACAAUGAAGAGAUCUGCAGUAUCCGAGAAUCUUGGGCCAGGCAUUAAUCGCAAGACCUACUCAUGCUUGACUUGUCGGCAGCGCAAGGUCAAAUGCGACCGUUGCACUCCCUGCUCCAAUUGUGUCAAGGCCGAGAGGCAAUGCAGCUUUAUUCCUCCUGUGCGCGGGAAGCGAAAAAGAACAAAGCCUCCAAGAGAAAGUCUCCAUGCCAAGUUAAAACGAUACGAGGAAUUGUUGAAAUCCUACGGUGCAAAGUUUGAGCCAUCGGGAGAUUUUGAUGACUCGGAGUCGGAAACAGCAUCGCAGCCUGAUGUUCAGGUGGAUGAGGAUGCUGUCCCUCCAAGCCAACGCCCCAACCUUGGAGAGACUAAACCAAGACUUAUCAUUGAUAAGGGCACAUCUAGAUACUUUGACAGUGCUCCUUGGUCUAACCUAGGAAACGGACUGUUCUUCGAACCUGAACAAUUUGAUAAGCCCGACAACCUGGCAAACCUUCACCUCUCGCGCCAGAUGUUAUCAAAGUUAAAGGAAGUCUAUCUUGAUCGAGUUGACCCUAUGAUAAAAAUCUUACAUGUGCCUACAUUCUGGAUCUCAGCAACCGACGGGUUGAGUGAUCCUCAAAGCAUGCCCACAGACUUGGAGGCAAUGAUUUUUGCUUUCUACCUUGCGACAAUCUCUGCCCUAAAAGAAGAUGAAUCCCAACAUCUGUUUGGAGUACGGAAAUCAGUUAUGUACUCCCGAUAUAGACUCGCGGCUCGGCAAGCUUUAAUAAAUGCAGGGUUCCUAUCAACGUCCAGUCCAACAACCCUUGCUGCAUAUGCAUUAUUCAUGACGUGUAUAAGAAAAAGCUACAAAUGUGAUACCCUAUACGUUUUAUCAGGCGUCGCUAUACGACUGGCGCGCAAAAUGGGGCUCCAUCGGGAUAGCUCAACUCUAGGGCUGUCUCCAUUCGAAACGGAAAUGCGAAGGCGACUUUGGUGGCAUUUAGUUUAUGUGGACUUCCGCCUAGCCGAUGUGCUGGGGACAAAACCGUCGCUGGAUAUUUCCUGCAGCGAUAACCAAAUGCCUCUGAAUGUCGAAGACGAGGACCUCCACCCUGACAUGGUCGACCCACCACUGGGACGCCGCGGCAUUACUACUACUACUCCUUGCUUGGUCAAAUACGAGAUUAUGGGAAGUUUGCGUAAAUUCUCAACAUCAUGCCCUAGUGAAUUGCGCUGGGAGGCACUCUCCAGUCCGGAUGUCACAAUCAUGAAAAAGGACAACAUAAUCAGCCACAUUGAGGAUCGACUGGAAGUGAAGUAUCUGCGAUAUUGUGACCCGUCGAACUCGCUUCAUACUAUUGUAUCAAUCAUGAUCAGGUCAUCAAUAUGCAAAAUGAAGCUCUUUGCGCAUAACCCACGACAAUUCGCCAACGAUCCCAUGAAAGUGCCCCAAAGCGAGCGCAACAUAUUCUUUGCUAACGCUAUGAAAUUAUUGGAAUAUGUCAUUUUCAUGCAAGAAGGGGCCCAUGGUCUAGAAAAAUAUAAAUGGCAUUUUGGCACAAGCGUUCUCUGGAAUGUGAUACUCUACGUGCUCAUCGAAGUUCGGCACCGAAAAACAGGGAAUGACGUUGAUAAGGCAUGGAGGUUGAUCGGAACAGUAUUCUCGUAUUACCCUCAGGUGUUUGACGAAUCCCCCGGGCCUGUAUAUAUAGCACUAGGCAAGUGGACGUUAGAGGUUUGGGACGACCACGUUGCGGCCUUGAAGGCAGACGGCCUUCCAGAACCAUUGAUACCCGAUUAUAUCAAUGCAAUCGGUCACUCUCGACGGCCGGCAAUAGAGUCACCAUUCAGGGCCCAGAUUCAAGCGGUAGCACCUGAACCUGCCACUCGGGAAACAAUGGACCAGGACAGAAUCCAAUCUCUGAAUCACGGAGGUAAUCACGCCGAUGCGGCAGCUCUCGACUUCUAUGACCUCCCUAACCUCCUGUCUUUCGAGAUGGACCCGAACGAAUGGAUCCAGUGGGAGCAGCUGGUUGCGGAGCAGGGAAGCUUCGCUCAAGAUGAUAGUAUGUAA